AUGAAUAUGGAACUUUUAGAGGAUCUUAAAGUUAUUGAAAGAGUUAAGGAGGACACGAAAAUUAAUAAACGUACCAUUUCUCCCUUUGAUCUUAUUGUUGAAAAGGCUUACGAAAAAUCUUCAAUGGUUGGUGGGAAUAAUGCUACAAAAUAUUCUAAGGAUUUUGUUCCGGCAACUUGUAAGACACUAGGAAAUGAAGAAUGUUUUGAAAUUUGCAAAUCUAUUAUUGAUGAUUUGUUACAUAUAAGAAAUAGCCGUAACGUAGCAAGCGACGAUGAAAAGAAGUUUACCGUAUCUGAGCCAGUAUCAAAUGCACUCAAAUAUAUUAAAGAACCAGAAAAAAAUCAUCAAAAAACACUUCCAACGAUAAAAUCUAAACCAAAGAAAUGUACAAGACUGGUGAAAAUGAAAAAUAUUCAUUUCAAAAACAAAGAAGCUAAAAUCAAUAUCAAUAAAAAACUGGAGUCAUAUUAUGAUCGAGCUAAAAGUAAAUGCUCAAAUGCGGCAAAUAUUCAAAGAAACUUAUAUUCAGAUUCUGUUUUGAACGCUGUUUCUCGUACUAGAAUACUGAAGAAAGUAUUAGCGAAGGAAAAUCUUUUGGAUGACAUCGAAAAGAUAUCUUUGAAUAGUAACUUCAACGAAGAUAGACUUUCAUACAUCAGUCAGUCAAGUGAUGUCACAUUGAUGGGAGAUAAAAGUAUAUCUUCCAACAACAGCGAGCUAAGCAACACAAAAAGAAUACCGUCAGUUAUUCACAUAUCGAAUUAUUUACCGCAAACUAUCCAAGAAACAAAAGAGUUCACAGCGUCAGAUUCAAAUGUGAAUAACAUUAAUUCUGCGUCGAAUAAAAUAUGCUCUGAAACUUAUCAAAAUGAAAAUGUAUAUAGCGCAAACAUUAUAAGAGUUGCUGUUGCUCAAAUAGAGAAUUCCUCCGUAUUAAAAUAUAAAAAAGAAAUAGCUAGCACAAAUAGCAGAGAAAAGUUUCUUGUCAAAGAAAGUUUGAUCAGUGCUGGGAGUUACAUGAGUCAAUCAGACACUAUUACUUCAACAUCGUCCCUGGAAACUUUGAAUACGCAUGACAAUGAACGCGUCGUAGCGACAAUGGGUAUAAGCGAUAGUUUUCUUAGCAGCGAAACGCUUACAGACAACCAAAAUAUAUAUGAUCUCAGAAAUGAAAGUGAUAAAUAUGUGAUCGCUAAAACUAGUUCCUAUUUCAGAAAUGAAAAUAUCCUCUCGAAUGAUACUCUAGCGCCAAUGCACGAAAUUUAUGCAAAAAAUGAUCAAAACCAACCACAAACAUCGCCUAACAUGCUGAAUACUACUUUAUUGGAUACUAUUAUCAAUGUAGGUAUGUUUCCAAAGGUGACUAAAAGUAUCCAAAAUAAUAUGUUUACUUCUAAAUUAAACGACGUCAUAGUAACUGAUGAGCUGCGUAAUUCUUUCCCUUUAAAUAGAUUAGGCAUUGAAUCUACCGGCGAAAACGAAUAUCCUAAAAACGUUUUCAAAAAAGCUUUGAGUGCAGAAGAUGAUGAGAAUCGUCAAAAAAAUAUUAAUAUACCGAAUGAGGAAACGAUAAAUGAAAUAUUAUUUAAUAGAAAUCAAGUACAGAAGAAAUCGUGUUCAGAAGAAUCUCGUAACUACACAGUGUUUCCGGAACUUUGGGAAAAAUUAACGGUAUUUAUUGACGUAGCUUUCAGAAGACUGGAGGAUACCCUAACGGAUAAAAUAACUCAAGAAAUGAAAAAAACACUCGACAGGAUAGGCCAAAUUGCUAAUAGCAAUAAAAGAGAAAUUAAAACAUCCCAAAACGAUAUUAAGGAAAGAAGAGAAUCACAAGAAGCUAUUAUGAUAAGCAGAAUGGAAUUGGGUGAAUCCAAAUCUUUGCAGUGCGGUUCAUUGGAAAAUGAUUUAUUAGAUGAAUUGGUAAGAAAAAUGAAUUUGGAAGGAUUAAAAAUAUUGAAGGGACCACGACCAAAACUCAAAGAGGGUUACAAAAUUAUGAGCAGUGAUUUAUUAGAGGUACUCAAAGCUCCGGUACAAGCGAGUGUUUCGACGGUGAAAGGGAAGGGAGAUUCCUUGGCCGUGUCAAUAUCUGAAGGCACCACAAUGAAAUCCAGUACUCAAAGCUUGUCCCUCAUGAAGAAUACUAUAUCAUUUUUGAAAGAGAACUCAGUUAUUAUCGUCAGUGUACCACUAUUUUGUUUUUCUUUGUUUUUGGUUUAUAUUUUCCUUGCCGUAAUUGUACAAGUUUGA